AUGGCCAACUCGUUACGAAAAAGCCGAAAACGAGCUCAUGCUGUUGCCUCUUCCCUUUUCCAACAAACAGCUCGUCUCUUCAUACGCAUCUUCCCGGAGCUGAAGGUGUGCGUGUCGGGCCUGGAGGCCGGCGAGCAGUACGUGGUGGCGCUGGGGGCGCGGCUGAGCUGCGGGCAGCGUUUCCGCUUCCACAAGGGCCGCUGGGCGGCGUGGGGGCGCGCCGACCCGCCGCGGCGCGCGCCCGCUCGCAACCUCUUCCUGCACGCCGGCGCUCCCGCCGACGGCCGGCACUGGAGCCGCGGCGCCGUCUCCCUGUACGCCGCCAAGCUCACCAACGACCCUGCCUCGAGCGCGCCGCCAGGCGCUCAGAUACUGGUGUCGUCCAUGCAUAAGUACGUUCCAGUUGUGCACAUUUUCAAGACAAGCAGUUUGAUGAACUUAGAAACCUGUCAGAAAGCGAGCUUCAGCUUCCCAGAAGCAGAAUUUAUUGCUGUCACUGCUUAUCAGAAUGACGAUUUGGCAGCCCUUAAAAUUCGCAACAACCCAUUUGCCAAGGCAUUUAGAAACAAGCUCACAAGGCGACAGUCUAAUGUGGACUUGACUGAGGUAUCGUCCGCUACCAAGAAGACAUCCUCUGAAGCCAUCAGUGUACCUGCAGUUGCAUCGCCCUUGGUUGAAGCCAUCGUGCGGCCUGUGCCAGUGUUUCAUUGGCCAGUUCACAAUGGACUGUCCUUAGAAUAUCUGAGUCAAUGUUGUUCAUAUUACCAGCGUUCAUCUGGCUGCUGCAACAUGCCGUCAUUUCUCUAUCCUAGGCUAAGCUACAAGAUCUGCGGCUGCAUUUGUGACCAUAAACAGAAACACUUUGACACAUUUCCAAAAGAUGUUUUGCAGUAA